UCCCAAAUCUCCCCACACUUCCGCCGCAGAGAGUGAGAGAGAGAGAGACUCCUCCGCAGCCGCCAGAGAUGAAGACCAUUCUGUCGUCGGAGACCAUGGACAUCCCCGACGGGGUGAAGAUCAAGGUCCACGCCAAGAUCAUCGAGGUCGAAGGCCCGCGUGGCAAGCUCGUCCGCAACUUCAAGCACCUCAACCUCGACUUCCAGCUCAUCAAGGACGAGGAGACCGGGCAGCGCAAGCUCAAGAUCGAGGCCUGGUUCGGUACCCGCAAGACCAGCGCCGCCAUCAGGACUGCUCUCUCGCACGUCGAGAAUCUCAUCACCGGAGUCACCAAGGGGUACAGGUACAAGAUGAGGUUCGUCUAUGCUCAUUUUCCGAUCAACGCUUCGAUCACCAAUGAGGCCAAGGGUAUUGAGAUCAGAAACUUUCUCGGUGAGAAGAAGGUGAGAAAGGUGGAUAUGCUUGAUGGUGUUUCUAUCACCAGAUCUGAGAAGGUGAAGGAUGAGCUAAUCUUGGACGGCAAUGAUAUUGAACUUGUUUCUCGGUCAUGUGCUCUGAUCAACCAGAAAUGCCAUGUCAAGAACAAGGAUAUCAGGAAGUUUCUUGAUGGUAUCUACGUUAGUGAGAGGGGAACCAUCCAAACUGAGGAAUGAAGGCUGUAUUUUUCUUAUGUCAUUCAGUUGAAGUAGUUUACUUUACUCCUAUGGACUUCGGUAGUUUUCCUAAUGUUGCAAAUGUUAUGGACAACCACAAAAUCUUGUCUUGCCUUGGAUCGAUUUUGUUGUGCUUUGAAAGUUAUAUUUUGCUAGA